AUGGGUUCCAGCCAGAAACGGAAGAAUGAAAAGAAGAAGGAUUUUCAAAAAGCAAAGCUGAAAGUCGGCAAAGCGAAACCCAAAGCUGCCAAUUUCACAGACACCAGUUUCAAGUCAAAGUCCAUUGUUCUGAAUCAGCAAUCUCUUUCUGCCGCUGCACCCUCUGCAACAGCGCAGUUUUCCCAUUCUCUCUCCCUCUUGGGCUCCAAGUCAGAUACGCAGCGUAAAGAGGCGCUGUCAAACUUAACUACUGCAAUUGCUUCUCGUCCAGUUCACUCACCCCUGCCGCAGCCUGUUAGCGUGAUCCUGCCAUCCCUACUCCCGUUGAUUCUAGACGGCAGCAACGGGGUGCGAACGCAGCUGCUCAAGCUACUUAAAGUACUUCCGGAGGCAGACAUGGAAGGCCAUGCGUCCUUAAUGCUUCCAUAUAUCCGUGCGGGGAUGACGCACCUUGCAGCAGACAUUCGCCUUUCAGCGGUGGAGAUCCUUUCAUGGUUAGUUUCAGUCGCGGGUCAAGAGGUUGUGUCUUGUGCAGGUGGCUGGAUUAAAACCCUUAAUUGCUUUCUCUCCAUUCUGGGUUGGCAUACAGAAGAAUCUGCGAAAUGGUCUUCAAACCGGGCAUCAUUUGGAAAGGCGGGUAGUGACGGGAAGCCUAUGGUUAAAAUACUACAGGCAUUAGCCGAUUUCCUGCGUGCGGGAAUGUGUGAUUUGGACCUCAUGACUGUGGCAGAACAAGAGCAAGGUGUUAGCAUUUGUGACCUGUCAUUCCCUCUUCUUCAUACAGCACAACAUCUUCUGCCCACGAAAUCUUCUCCUUUUGCCUAUUUAAAUCUAUUCGGCCAACCAAAGGACGAAGAGGGGGAAAUGUAUGAAUCUACCGAGGAUAGAGUGAGGAUUUUUGCACAGAGGUUUCAACAGCCAGUCCAGCGUGGAGUUGAAGCCGCAAAGAAAGAUGGGGGCGAGGUUGGACGGGCUUCAACAGGUGUGACCAAGGUGAUGAAGGAAUCGAAAAAUCGGCAAGCUCCGCCAUGA